CCGCUCCGCUCCCCUCCCCUCCCCUCAGGGAGAAUAUGGUCGCCGGCGAUGGACGCCCCCAGUGCAGGAAGCGCCUUUGAGGACCUUAUUGAAGCCCUAAAUGAUAGUACAGUAACCAAGUUCUUCAAUCUUCCUAAGCUUGGAGGCACCAAGUAUGAUGCUCUGCCUUACUCAAUACGGGUACUGCUGGAAGCUGCUGUUCGAAAUUGUGAUGGCUUCCUAGUGAAAAAGGAAGAUGUCAUGAAUAUUUUAGAUUGGAAGAAUAAACAAAACAAUGUUGAAGUGCCCUUUCUCCCUGCCCGUGUUCUCCUUCAAGAUUUUACUGGGAUACCAGCAAUGGUGGAUUUUGCUGCUAUGAGAGAAGCAGUAAAAACUCUUGGUGGAGAUCCUAAGAAUGUCCAUCCUGCCUGCCCUACAGAUCUCACUGUUGACCACUCUUUGCAAAUUGACUUCAGCAAAUGUGCAAUACAGAAUGCUCCAAAUCCUGGAGGUGGUGACCUGCAGAAAACAACAAGCAAACUUUCUCCACUUAAAGUACAACCUCGAAAAGUCUCCUGUAGAGGCCAGACUACCUGCCGUGGGCCAUGUGAUACUGGAGAACUGGGCCGCAACUCAGGAAAAUUUUCUGCACAGAUUGAGAACACACCAAUCCUAUGUCCUUUUCAUUUACAACCAGUGCCUGAGCCUGAAACAGUGUUAAAAAAUCAAGAGGUAGAAUUCGGCAGAAAUCGAGAAAGACUGCAGUUUUUCAAGUGGAGUUCGAAAGUGUUUAAGAAUGUGACUCUAAUUCCCCCUGGAACCGGAAUGGCCCAUCAAGUCAAUUUGGAGUAUUUGUCAAGAGUGGUUUUUGAAGGAGAGGACCUCUUCUUUCCAGACAGUGUGGUUGGAACAGACUCUCAUAUAACUAUGGUGAAUGGCUUGGGCAUCUUAGGAUGGGGAGUUGGCGGCAUCGAGACAGAAGCAGUUAUGCUUGGUCUCCCAGUCUCUCUUACUCUGCCUGAGGUGGUCGGGUGUGAAUUGAUUGGGUCGUCAAGUUCUUUGGCUACAUCCAUAGAUGUGGUUCUUGGUAUUACAAAGCACCUCAGACAAGCAGGAGUGGCUGGAAAGUUUGUUGAGUUCUUUGGAAGUGGAGUUCCUCAGCUGUCUGUGACUGAUCGAACCACAAUUGCAAACAUGUGUCCUGAAUAUGGUGCUAUUCUGAGCUUUUUCCCUGUUGAUAAUGUGACUUUAAAGCAUUUAGAACAUACAGGUUUUGACAAAGAGAAGCUUACAUCAAUGGAAGCAUACCUUAAAGCUGUGAAGUUGUUUAGAAGUGACCAGAGUUCUUCAGCAGAGCCUGAGUAUUCCCAGAUAAUUCAGAUUAAUCUGAACUCUAUAAUUCCAUCUGUCAGUGGUCCAAAGAGGCCCCAGGAUCGAGUGGCUGUGAGUGAUAUGAAAAGUGAUUUCCAAGCUUGCCUAAAUGAAAAGGUUGGAUUUAAAGGCUUUCAAAUUGCCACAGAAAAACAAAAUGAUAUCGUGCCUAUUCAGUAUGAAGGAAUUGAGUAUAAACUGUCUCAUGGUUCUGUUGUCAUUGCUGCAGUGAUCAGUUGUACCAAUAACUGUAAUCCAUCUGUCAUGCUUGCUGCAGGUCUGUUGGCGAAAAAAGCUGUUGAAGCUGGUCUCCAGGUUAAACCUUACAUCAGAACAAGCUUAUCUCCUGGCAGUGGGAUGGUUACACAUUACCUCAGUUCAAGUGGAGUGUUACCGUACCUUAGUAAACUUGGAUUUGAAGUAGUUGGUUAUGGAUGUUCAACCUGUGUUGGAAAUACAGCUCCCUUACCAGAAGCUGUUCUGAAUGCAAUAAAAGAGGGUGACUUAGUUGCGUGUGGAGUGCUAUCUGGCAACAAGAAUUUUGAAGGUCGUCUCUGUGACUGUGUCCGUGCCAACUACCUUGCCUCCCCACCUCUAGUAGUAGCUUAUGCCAUUGCAGGAACAGUGAAUAUAGAUUUCCAGACUGAGCCUUUAGGUACUGAUCUUCAAGGCAGAAACAUCUACCUACACGACAUUUGGCCUAAUCGAGAGGAGCUUCAUAAAGUCGAGGAAGAGCAUGUGAUAUUCUCUAUGUUUAAAGAAUUAAAGGAAAAAAUGGAGAAGGGAAAUAAGCGGUGGAAUUCCUUAGAUGCCCCAGAUUCUGUUUUGUUCCCAUGGGAUUCAAAAUCCACUUAUAUCAGAUGUCCAUCUUUUUUUGACAAACUUGCCAAACAGCCAGUUUCCCUGCAACCUAUUGAAAAUGCCCAUGUCUUGCUCUAUUUGGGAGACUGUGUCACAACAGACCACAUAUCCCCUGCUGGAAGUAUUGCCAGGAGUAGCGCUGCCGCCAAGUAUCUGACAAAUAGAGGCCUUACACCUCGUGAAUUCAAUUCUUAUGGAGCCCGAAGAGGCAAUGAUGCUGUGAUGACAAGGGGCACUUUUGCAAAUAUCAAGCUUCUAAAUAAGUUUAUUGGAAAACCUGCUCCCAAAACACUUCAUUUUCCAUCGGGACAGACGCUGGAUGUAUUUGAGGCUGCUGAAUUAUACCAGAGAGAAGGUAUUCCAUUGAUUAUUUUAGCAGGAAAGAAAUACGGCUCUGGAAAUUCAAGAGACUGGGCUGCCAAAGGACCAUAUUUGAUGGGUGUGAAAGCUGUGAUAGCCGAGAGUUAUGAAAAGAUUCACAAAGACCAUUUGAUUGGAAUCGGCAUCGCUCCACUGCAGUUUCUUCCAGGAGAAAGUGCCAGUUCCUUGGGCCUCUCUGGCAGAGAACAGUUUUCUUUGUCAUUCCCUGAAGAUCUGUCACCAGGAGUCACCUUAAACGUAAAGACAAGCACUGGAAAAGUAUUCAGCGUGAUUGCUUCAUUUGAAAAUGAUGUGGAAAUAACAUUAUACAAACAUGGCGGAUUGUUAAACUAUGUGGCCCGGAAAUUCUCCUAGUAUCUACUGAACACGGAGACCUUCCCUAAUUGGUAACUGCAAAUGCCUUGUGUGACGGACCCAGGAAUCCAUACCAUGGAGCUCCAAACAGUCGCAGUACGCUCAAUUAUCUCAUCUAUGGGUGUAAAAGAUUGUGAAUCAUCGUAGUGACCACAAUGAGAUCCUUCUUGAUUUUAAAUACUAUAUGAAUGGUGCUAUUAACAUUGCUAAAAUCAGCCUAAGUGUGUUGUGGAAGAGAGCUGUAAGUAUGGGGGGGGUGGGGGGAUAUUUUAUCAAACCAUUUUGUAAAUAAACA